AUGGACAACUCAUUGCUGGACUCUAGAUCUGAAGAUGUGUCCUUUCUGAAUUUCGGGGGCGGGGGAGGUGGUUCAUAUCCAGAUUUUGAGAGGAAUAAUGGUGUUUAUGCAGCAGCAUUAGUCUUAAAGUUUAUUUCUUGGUUGUCAUUGAUGAAGGGGAUUCAUGUAUUUUUGCUUUUGCUUCUGGUAUCGAGCAAUGCUGCUGAUUACAAUGGAGAAUGCAAGUAUGAUUGGCCGCUUGUCCCGAGACCUCACAGUGUCUCCGUCACAGAAUUUGGGGCGUUGGGCGAUGGGAAAACUAUAAACACUGUAGCAUUUCAGAAUGCUAUUUUCUAUCUUAAGUCCUUUGCCGACAAGGGUGGUGCCCAACUCUAUGUUCCGGCAGGACGGUGGCUUAUUGGAUGCAUCAAUCUCACAAGCCAUCUCACACUUUUCCUGGAAAAAGAUGCCAUUAUUCUUGGCUCUCAGGAUUAUAGUCAUUGGGAUGUAGUUGAACCCUUACCCUCUUAUGGCCGAGGCCUUGAGGUACCUGGUCGAAGAUAUCGCAGCUUGAUCAGUGGACAAAAUCUCACGGACGUAGUUAUAACAGGAAACAAUGGAACUAUUGAUGGACAAGGUUCGAUUUGGUGGGACCAAAUGAAUGCUCAUUCCUUGAAUAACAGUCGCCCACAUCUGGUAGAAUUUAUUGGGUCUGAUACCGUUGUUAUAUCGAACUUAACCUUUUUAAAUGCCCCUGGUUGGAGUAUACACCCAGUUUAUUGCAGUGACUUGCUAGUUCAAAACAUAACAGUUUAUUCUCCGCCUGACUCUCCAUACACAAGUGGGAUUGUCCCAGAUUCUUCCGAGCAUGUUUGCAUUGAGAACAGCAAUAUUAGUACUGGACAUGAUGCUGUGGCGCUUAAAAGUGGCUGGGAUGAAUAUGGAAUAGCAUUUGGCAGACCAACUACCAACCUCCAUGUCCGGAGGGACAUUUUUGUAUCUGAUGUUUACAUGGAAAAUGUACGACAAGGAAUUGAGGCAACAGGUGAGUGGAAUUCUCAUCCAGACGACAAAUUCGAUCCUGAUGCACUACCAGUUGUUAGCGACAUCACGUUUAGGGACAUUGUUGGUGUAAAUAUCUCAACGGCUGGCAACUUUUUGGGGAUUGAUGAGUCGCCAUUCACUUCAAUAUGUCUGUCGAAUGUUUCUUUCUCCAUCAACUCCGACCCAUCUAUGUCCUGGCUAUGCGCCAAUGUCUUGGGCUCAUCUAUUAAUGUGUCGCCCGAACCUUGUCCACAACUCCUAACCUCAUCUUCUGGUGCGUCCCGUGAUUGUUUCAUCUUCUCACGUCCAAGCAGUCGAGUCACAGACCUGUGA